GUGCGCUAAAAGAAGUGUGAUAACUGUUUUGUACGAAAUGCAACUGCUUGUGUGUCGUCUUCUAAAGCCGACUGACUGGCUCUCCUUACUCAGUUGUAGAUAACAGUAGCAUGCAUGCAUCUCCCGUUCUCUCGCUCGUGGGUCAUUUCCAACGAGUGAAGAAGCUGCUCAACUCGGUGGACACCUGUGUGGAUGAGGCUCUGUGUGGUACGGUGCGCAGCCAUGGGGGCCUCGCGCUGCUCCGUGGGCACCGAGUGGCCCUGCGCUCUGAUUUGGGGAACCUCAAGGGGAAGGUGGCCCUGUUGUCCGGUGGCGGUUCGGGUCACGAGCCCGCGCAUGCAGGAUACAUCGGUUUGGGGAUGCUGUCAGGGGUAGUGGCAGGCGGCGUCUUUGCCUCACCCCCGCCGGGCAGCAUCCUGGCGGCCAUCAUGUCUCUGUGGCACGCGGGCGCCUCUGGGGUCCUGCUGGUGGUGAAGAACUACACCGGCGACCGGCUGAACUUCGGCCUGGCUGCCGAGCAGGCGCGGGCUCAGGGCGUCCCAGUCAACAUGGUGAUUGUAGCCGAUGACUGCGCUUUCAAUCAGCCCACCAAGGCUGGCAGGAGAGGCCUGUGUGGGACCGUGUUUGUUCACAAGCUGGCUGGAGCCCUGGCAGAAGAAGGCUUGCCAUUGGACACUAUUGUGUCCAGGAUGGAUGAGGUGAAGAAAGCCAUUGGCACCCUUGGAGUGAGUCUGUCUCCGUGCUGCGUGCCGGGAUGUAAGCCCUCCUUUCAGCUUCCACCUGGAGAAAUGGAGCUCGGAUUAGGAAUCCAUGGUGAGCCUGGAAUAAAGAGAUCAAAGGUGGCCACAGCAGAUGAGGUUGUGAAGACCAUGAUCGACCACAUGACUGAUUCCAACAACCAGUCCCACUUGCCAAUGAAAUCAGGGGACAGUGUGGUGCUAUGUGUAAAUAAUCUCGGAGCCUUGUCGUGCCUGGAGAUGGCGGUGGUCACCAAGUCUGCCAUCAAUUGUCUCGAGGAUCGUGGCAUUGUUGUUGCCCGGGUGAUGUCGGGCUCCUUCAUGACCUCUCUGGAGAUGGCUGGCAUGUCGCUUUCCAUCAUGAAGACUGACAAGGACAUCCUCAGGCUAUUUGAUGCUAAAACCUCAGCUCCGGCUUGGCCUAACCUCAGUGUUGAGAGUGUGAGCGGGAGGAAAUGGAGUGUGGAUCCCCCUCCACAGACGGAGUCGCGCGAGGUCAAGUACGCAUCAGGUCCACUGAGUGGGGUGAUGAAGAAGGUGCUGGAGGGCGUCUGUGAGAGUCUGCUGCAGCGGCAGGAAGAGCUGAACAUGCUGGACCGGGCCGCAGGGGACGGAGACUGUGGCAACACGCACGCUAGUGCUGCCAAGGCCAUUCAAGAGUGGCUCCAGAGCCACGAGGUGCCUGGUUGCCCGGGGCAACUGCUGACCAUCUUGGCAACACUGGUCCAAAAGAGGAUGGGCGGUUCAUCUGGAGCGUUGUAUAGCCUGUUCCUGGCUGCGGCGGUGCUCCCACUGAUGGGACAGAGUGAUGGUGCAGCCUGGGCCAAAGCAGUGCAUGCUGGGACGGAGGCAAUGAAGAGGUACGGAGGUGCAGAGCCUGGCGACAGGACUAUGCUCGAUGCCCUUUGCCCUGCAGUGGAGGAACUGCAGAAGUUGCUGUCAUCGCCCCCUGGUGGCUACAUGGGAAUAUUACAGGCAGCUGUGGAGAGAGCUGAGGCAGGAGCGGACUCCACACGCUCCAUGUCGGCCAAGGCCGGUCGCGCCAGCUACGUCGCCACACAGCACCAGACUGAGCCUGACCCCGGCGCUGUGGCAGUGGCGGCUAUUCUGAGAGCGGCGUUUAAGGCCCUGGGUUGAGGAUAUACACUAGAUAAGAAUACAGGCCAUUGGAGAAUAGCAGCUGUCAUUAAAGCCAUUGCACACAGUGGGAUAAUUGACCAUCAAUGUGAGUUUUAAUUAUUGUCAGUAUUCCUUCAAUUAAGAUAAAAUAGUCCUGAAUGGAUUUAUUGGCAGCCUGUGAUUAAAUGCUGCUCCACUUAUUUUUCUGAGGGCCAUUGCUUAGACUGAAAUCAAGUAUUAAUUUCCUUUCGUUGCACAACUAUGCUCUCAGUACUUCUAAAUGUGAUGGAGUACUAACACAUUGCUUUAGGAAUAUGUAAUGUGGAUAAGAACUUUGUAGUGUUUGCACUUUCAUUUCAUUUUAGUUUUUUUUUUAUUAUGAACUUGUAAUAUGUUGUUUAUUUUUAACAGCCACUCAAUGUUUUACCAUAACUGGUAGCUUCAUUUUCAUUUAAUGAAAUAACAUUUUAGAACGUAUUAACCAUCAUGGAAACGAAACGUUGAGAUUUCCCUAUUGCCGUUAAUGUAAAAAUAAUAAUAAUACACUAAAUAAAAAAGUAUUUUGUAUCACUUCUCA